CUUUCAAUGAUUUCUUUAGAUUAGUAGUAAUCCCAUAAAAUAUGAAAACUGCAUUAUGGAGUUGCAUUUGGAUUGGCAUAGUUAUGACUCGUGGCACAUUGAAAUGUUAACAAAACCGCCAUAAACUAACUCUUGUUUUAAGGGUAGGGCCGUAAAGAUGCUUAAAUGGAACAUGAACUCUUCUCUAAUCUCUAGGUCCAAUUGGUGUGUUGAGGAUUGGAAACUAGAAUAAGCUUUUGUAAUGUAAUGUGUCAUGAAGCACCACAUCUACUCUUUUAGGUUUUACUGAAUGAUGGGUAGCUAAUUUCCUACGUCGCAAGGCCUUGAAAUGUAGUAGGUAGUGGUGAAAGACUUUGUAUGUGAGAGAGUUGGAUCGACAUAGAAGUCUAUACCUCUUGCUGCUUAACAUUUUCUAGGCCUCGUUGCAGCAACAUACUUGAAUCAUUGUGUUUGCCUUAUAGGGUGUCUGGAAUUGCUGUUAUAUUUUGAGUAAUUUUUAUGCUUGAUUGGUUGGCAAUCUACGUUGAUCGCCUUUUCGAGUUUGUUAGCAAUGAAUCUUGCUGUACCUCCGUACUGAAAUACAUUUCCUGAUGAUUGACGAAUUGCUGGCUGGCAGUGAACUGGGCUUGUCUGAUGAUGAAUUCGACAACGGCCGGGAAAGAAGUUGUUCGUGCAAUAUUAUGUGACACAGAUUCAGAGGGGGGCCUAAAAUUUUCAGCUUUGCUUUGGAGGUGAGAGAAGGUUGAAGCUUUUUUUGCUGAACGAUGACAGGGGAGAGGCACCUUGUUUGUACAUUUCCUGCUAACUGAGGUACCUCUGCUGUUGUUCUCGAAGAAUGAAAGGGCUGUGAGAGUUUGUUUAGAUGGGGAAUGAAAGCUUGGGAAUGUGAUUCGAGGUGGAGAAAAAAAGUUUGUCUCUUUUUCUUUCUUUUUUCGAUUCGAGCCUCUCUUUGGGAGGAAGUUGAUCAUUUUUCAAUCGUUUUCUUUCCUUUUCUAUUCAUUUUUUUCUUCUGUUGGGUUAGAGAAGGGGGGAAAAAGGAGAGAGAGAGAAGAAGAAGAAAUGGGGUUUCAAUUUUGUUGGUCUUCUUCCUUAUUCUUAAGUUGUUUUUGUGAUGAUAUUUUCAAUUCGGUUGUUUCCUUUUUCUUCCCCAGAUUCUUGGUGGUGUCAAUUGUUUGUGUUUUGGUUCCUUAUUCAUCAGUAUGUUAUGGAAUAAUAUGUUCCAAUUCUUUCGAAUAGCUGGUCAAUGCGGGGUUUCUUCACGUUAAAUUGAAUUGGAGACGGUCUGGUAUCCACAAUUAUGAAUUUGGUUGCCAUUCCUACACUCGCAGUACAGGGCUAGAUUCAAAUUCGGAACCUCGAGACUGAAAACAAACAAUAACAUUGCUAAAUCGAGCUUAUAUCGAAACUUUGAGUAAUCAACUAUCGAUUUACUAUCUAUCUAUGAAAAAACGAAAAAAAAGCGCCCUUUUGGUUUUAGACAAGUAGUGUGGAUAUAUGAAAUUCCAGAAACUUGGCGCCACAUUAUCCACACACAUCAUUUUGUGCUUCCUGAUAACGCCGGCCCCUCACUGCUCACACAACCAAUCCCCAAUUUCCGCCCUAAAGAAACGAAGGAGACUUUGCUCGGCAUCAAACGGGGCAGCCAUGUCAGUUUCGUCUCCAUUCCCGUCGCCUUGCUCCGCCGCAUCUCCCUCUACUUCGGCCGCCGUUUCUUCCUCAACCUCCGUGCGUCUCAGAAUCUCCACCGCCACCGCCGCCGCCGCCAGGCCAUAUUCUUACUACCACGGGGUUUCGAUUCGGAGCUCGCAAGCGGAAGGCCCGAUUCGGAGACCCGUCGCGCCGUCGCUCAGGGAGCCGUCGCCGCCGUCGUCGGCUUCCACUCCGUUGAAGCCCGUCCCUCCUUCCCCUCCAUCUUCUUCACCCCCGCCGCCGCCGCCGGUGGGUUCCGCCUCGCGAUUGGGCGUCGCGGAGGGUAAGGGCGUGGUGACUUUGGAGUUCCAGAGGCAGAAGGCUAAGGAGCUGCAGGAGUAUUUCAAGCAGAAGAAGCUCGAGGAAGCAAAUCAGGGUCCUUUCUUCGGGUUCAUUGGGAAAAAUGAGAUUUCUAAUGGAAGAUGGGCGAUGUUCGGUUUUGCUGUUGGGAUGCUGACGGAGUAUGCAACAGGGUCGGACUUCGUUGAUCAGGUCAAGAUCCUUCUCUCCAAUUUCGGAAUCCUAGACCUGGACUGAAAGAAAGCUCUCUCUCACACGAAAUGGAGCCUCGAGUACAUUUUGAUUGUUGUAUAAGUUUCUGUACCAUAUGUCGAUGUGUAUUUUUGCAACUUCUGCUUUCCCAUUGUUCAUUGUUUGUUCAUCAUCCUGAGAACUCUGCUUACUUGCUCUUUUCAAUUGAGCUGCAUGCAAACGAAGCACAGAUUGUUUGUUGCUUACAGUGAAACACAUACAAAUAUGUAAACUCCUAUAAGUCUUGCAAGCGGAAAAGGGCAAGUUUGUAGAAUUGCCAUGGCAUACAUUUCCCCUACCCACAGGCAAUAGGAAAAUUAGCAAAGCUUACUACAAGCACUGGCUUAGUUAGGAAUUAAGGAACAACUGGGGAUUAGUUCUACAAAUGCGAGUUUGAGACAAGAAGAGAGGAGUUUGAGGUGUGAGUGGUGCCUGAUUUUUUUUUUGUUAGAUUUUCUAAGGUGUGGAAGAAAUCAAUGGAGAGAUAUGGAUGACUUUGGCGAUCUACGCUCCUCCUCCCAAGUUAGUAAUGAUAUAGGAGAUUAUGUAUGUAAAUGUAGAAAGAGUUGUAGCGAGACACGGUUUAGACAUAAAUUCAUGUGUAGUGA